CUGUUCGGAUUGGCUCUGUUUAGCCAGACAUUAAACUAUUUAUUUUUUCUUGAAAUACGUCACUCGAAGAAAUUAUAUGAUGACGAGAUACGGAAAGAAGAUGGUGUCAGGAGAACGAGCAUACUUCUUGGGAGAAGCAUCGAAAAUUGGAGCAUCAGAAAUGCGGACGUCGGGAGAGCGUUGAAUGAAGUUAGGGGAUGUCAAAGAAUUAGAGAAAGAGUGGUUGAAGCCGCAGAAGCCGUUGGGAAAAUAGAAAGAAUGAGGGGAGCGAAUUUUCAAGUAAGAAUCGUUGAGCAAUCAGGGUUUAACGUUUCGGUAUCUCAUCGUAUUGGUUCCAUUGAUUCGUUUCCACAACUUGAAGCCUUCUUGCGUAUUAACGACUCGUCAUUUCAAUUGCAUAGUUGCAGACGAAGAUCAACAAUCGUCCCAUCACAAGUUUCUGUCACUCUAGUUUCACCUCGUUUCGCACCAUUGCCUAAACUCCAGCAUCAGCAAUUCGCACGUCUCAUUCCUCGGAACCGCCGUCCCUAUCAUCGUCGCCUUCUUCGACUACUUCAACAUUAUCCCAAUAUUCAUCACCAUCAUCUGUAUCACUAUCGUUCUCCCAGUCUAUAUGAUAUGAUCUCGGUACACCUAUCAGUAUUUGUUGGAAAUGUUGAAGAUGAUGAGGUGGAAGAUGAUGAGGUGGAAUCCAAAAACGCGGAACUGAGAAAUGAAAGUAAUGCGAAUGUCAUGGGAAUGAACACCAUUAACAACCUAUUGCCUUCCUUGAUCUUGCCGACGUUUGCUGACAUUGUCGGU